AGUUAUUAUCGGGUUCCAGUGAAGUAUUGUGUCGUAUUGUGGUGACCCCGUUAUUUUUAAAUUAAAAUAACUUAAACACAAGAUUUAAAUUAUAUUAUACCACCAUGUCUCCAAAAACCGUGUUGUUAUCAAUAACGAUAUUGUUAUCAAUGGUGUACAAAUCCACAGCAAUCUACUGCUUCUACUGCAACAGUGCGAACAACUCAGCGUGCAUUGACCCCACUCAGUUCGACGACGAGAUGCGCGGACGCAUCAUACCGAUCAUCAACUGCGAUACAGCUGUGCCUAGGGUCAAUGAGUAUGCGUUCUUCUGCAGGAAGAUUGUGCAAACCAUCUACCAUCCCCACAAGGACUCAGAGCUUCGAGUGACCCGCGGCUGCGGCUGGGUGCGCCACGAGAAAGAUUGUUACCGCGCCGACAACCGAGACCAUCUCGAGACUGUCUGCCAAUGCUUUACUGAUCAUUGCAACAGUGCUGACUCUUUGAACUCCACUACGGCAUCAGCCUUCUUCGUGGCUCUGGCUGUGUGUUUGUAUUUUUACCGUUGAUGGAUAGAUAAGAAAUAAUUUUAGUGCUAGUGUAGGUAUGAGUAAGGUAGGUAAUGUGUAGUUAUAAAUAAAGUCAACUUUAAAUAUAAUUGUAAUUUAGAUAGUAGAUUGAAAUUUUGUUAAUGGAAAGCGAAGAAACUCGCUCACACUGCUGACUUGGUCUGAUUGACAGUUUAUUUUGAAGGUAAUCUACUUAAUAACCAUUUUAAAAAACAAACAUGUAUUUUAAAGCAGAACUUUUGAAGACCACUGCCAUAAUUUUCAUUUCUUAUAUGAGUCAAUGUUACUGUACAAUAUACAAGUCUAAUUUAAGUUAUAAAGUAAAUUUUAAAACUUAAAUAAAAGAGUUUAUUUGAAAAAAAA